AUGGCCCCAAAGAGUAAGAACACCGAAAACGUCAACGCCAAGUUGGGUUUGGUCAUGAAGUCUGGUAAGUACAGCUUGGGCUACAAGUCCACUGUCAAGGCUUUGAGAGCCGGCAAGGCCAAGUUGGUCAUCAUUGCUGGUAACACCCCAGUGUUGAGAAAGUCCGAGUUGGAGUACUACGCUAUGUUGUCCAAGACUCAGGUCUACUACUUCAACGGUGGUAACAACGAGUUGGGUACCGUCUGCGGUAAGUUGUUCAGAGUUGGUACCUUGGCCAUCUUGGACGCUGGUGACUCUGACAUCUUGUCCACCCUCUAA